UUCUCCUCCGCCUAGCUCUCGCUUCCACCCGGUCCCAGUUGGCGCCGGACGCAGUAGUGGAGGCUUAUAAACAUGGAGACAGAGGACGCUGGGACUGGAGAGCCGUCUUCUCGGCUGGGGGCUCCGGCGUCCACUAAUGACCGGCUUUUCCUGGUUAAAGGUGGAAUUUUCCUUGGUACUGUUGCUGCAGCGGGAAUGCUGGCUGGAUUUGUUACAACACUAUCAUUGGCUAAAAAGAAAAGUCCUGAAUGGUUCAAUAAGGGAAGUGUGGCCACGGCUGCCUUACCGGAGAGCGGGUCUUCCCUUGCCUUGCGAGCUCUGGGGUGGGGCUCACUUUAUGCCUGGUGUGGAGUUGGUGUGAUCAGCUUCGCAGUCUGGAAGGCUUUAGGAGUUCACAGUAUAAAAGACUUUCGAAGUAAAAUGCAAUCAAUAUUUCCAGCAAUUCCCAAGAACUCUGAAUCGGCUGUUGAAUGGGAGGAAGCAUUGAAAUCCAAAUGAGAUGAGCAUGGUGGGUGAAGUCCAGAACAAUUGUUAUGGGAAAAGCUGGCUCUGGAG